CGAAAUUGUUUGAAGUUGGUGUAAACAUAUAAGAAAAAAAAAGGUAUAAAAAAAAAAUGUUACGGUGAAUGCUAAGUAGUUUCGUUAAUUUGGAUGUGUGGGGUUUAAUAAAUCUUUGAAACAUUCAUAAAUCACAAGGUUCAUCUUUAUCUGCUAUGGUGUGUCUGCUUUUUCCUGGUUUGUGAUUAUAUCAGGGUACUCUAAUCCUAGCAAGUUCAACAAGAUUACUAGUUUUCAAGGCUGAAAUUCUAUAUGAUCUGAAUUAAAAGGGGGAACCAUGUCAUUAGUUAGAUCAGCAGAGCUUGCUCCUACACCGUAUAAAAGCGCGAAGCUAUACUCGCUAAAGGAAACUGAUGUUAGACCAGGAUUAUCAUCCCAAAUCUUUGAUGCUGACAAGCAUAGAAACAUGCACAUGACAGAUACUUACUCGAGCGAGAGUUACGAAAAGUACUUCCACGAAUCGCCUUCAGAAGAGCUGAUAGAACCGUGUAGUUCUGGAAUCUAUAGUCCAAUUCACAUUGAUGGUGCCUCUUCAUACCAGUUCAGAUCCAGUUCAGAAGCUUCUUUGGUUGCUAACAACACUUUGGGUACCUCUUUUGUGUCUGAAUUUGGAUCAGGUUUUUCAGAAAUUGGCAACCUGGAUGAUCAAGGACUAAUGAGAUCAAGGCUUAAGGCACUGGAGAGAAGAUUGCUGGGUCAAAGUGAUGGCGAGGAGGAGGAGGAGGAAGAGGACAUGUUUGGGACUUCUCAAAACAUGGAAAUCGAGCAGGAUAUUUCUGAAUGGGCUGAUUCCAUUCAGAAUAUGCUGCUCCAAGACUCUCCGAAGGAGACUUCGUCUUCGGAUUCAAGUCUUAGUAGCAGCAUCAGCAGCAACAAAGAAAUGUCAGCAAUUCCUCAAACUCCUAGGCAAAUGCUCCUUGAUUGUGCGGUUGCGCUUUCGGAGGGGAAUCAAGAAGCAGCAUCGUCUAUGAUCAAUGAUCUACGCCAAAAGGUAUCGAUUCAGGGAGAGCCUUCCCAAAGAAUUGCAGCCUAUAUGGUGGAGGGUCUUGCAGCUCGCUUGGCCGAAUCCGGGAAAUGCAUUUACAAAGCACUGAAAUGCAAGGAAGCUCCUUCUUCAGACCGUCUAGCAGCAAUGCAGAUACUCUUUGAGGUCUGUCCAUGCUUUAAAUUUGGAUUUGUCGCCGCAAACAAUGCAAUUACAGAGGCAGUUAAAGAUGCAAGAAAGGUUCAUAUAAUAGAUUUUGACAUAAAUCAAGGGAGUCAGUACAUAAAUCUAAUACAAAUUCUUGCUUCAAGAUCAAGGAAGCCUGUCCAUGUUAGAUUGACUGGGGUUGAUGAUCCAGAAUCUGUUCAAAGAUCUGUUGGAGGCCUACAGAUCAUAGGACAAAGACUUGAAAAACUAGCCGAAGCACUCGGCUUACCAUUCGAGUUUCAAGCAGUGCCAUCAAGGACUUCCCUUGUCACUCCAUCAAUGCUUAAUUGUCAUCCGGGCGAAGCACUCGUGGUAAACUUUGCAUUCCAGCUUCAUCACAUGCCUGAUGAGAGCGUUUCGACUGUUAACGAGCGUGAUCAGCUCCUUCGCCUUGUGAAGAGCCUGAAUCCGAAGCUUGUCACGGUUGUGGAGCAAGAUGUGAACACCAACACUACUCCUUUCUUGCCAAGAUUUGUUGAGGCCUACAAUUACUACUCGGCUGUGUUCGAGUCGCUUGAUGUUACUCUUCCAAGAGAUAGUCAGGACAGGAUGAAUGUGGAACGCCAAUGCCUGGCGAGGGACAUUGUGAACAUCGUGGCAUGCGAAGGCGAGGACAGGAUAGAACGGUACGAGGUUGCCGGGAAAUGGAGGGCUAGGAUGACAAUGGCUGGGUUCACUUCAACACCAAUGAGCAAAAAUGUGAGUGAUGAGAUAAGGAAAAUGAAUAAGAUGCAUUAUUAUGACAAGUACAAUGUGAAGGAGGAGAAGGGUGCUCUUCAUUUUGGUUGGGAAGACAAGAACUUGAUUGUUGCUUCAGCAUGGAGGUAACCAAGAAUCAUGAUAACUCUUUUAUGUUAUUAGGGGAAGACUGAGUUGAGUUAUUGGUAGUCAUAUUUAUUAUUAUUGUUGUUGUAUUUGUUUGCUUGCUUGUAUUUUAGUCAUAGGUACUAUUUUUCUUGUGUCCUAGUAUUUGGUUGGUUCUGGUUCUGGACAUUGUAAACUAACGCACAAUCUUUAAUCUAAUAACGAACUAUAUCAUUUUGCUAUGUAAA